AUGACGCAAAAACUAAACAGGAAUUUUUAUUGGAUAAACCAAACAUUGCAGCACAAGCAAUUUCUGCGCCAAGCAAUUUCUUCUUUAAACCGUUUUCGCGUUAAGGCUGAAAAAUACAAUAUUCAAUUUAACGAGAUUACCGAACAGAUAGGCCAAGUAGUAGCUCAUGUACAUGAAAAUUAUCAAGAUGGUGUUGGUCCAUAUGACAUUGCUCUGCUUAAGUUUGCGUCUCCAUUAAUAAAGGAAUUGACAAAGGAAGUACAAGCCAUCGAAUUAGCAUCACCAGAAAGUGAAUCAACUGGAAAGACAUGACUUUGUGUAAGGUCCACUUCAACUGACAUUUUUCCCAAAAUUCCAGAUAAACUUCAACAAAUUCAAAUGGAAUACAUUAAUCGCAUAAUAUGUUACGAAGCUGUUAGUAAUUUGACAAGAUCUUCUUUUUCUCCUGUUCACGAAACAGUUGUCUGUACUGGGCCAUCGGACAAAGCGAUUUCCGCAUACAGCAGUGAUUCUGGUGGCCCAUUAAUUUCGCGUAAUGGAGAAAAACUGUUUCUCAUUGGAAUUAUAUUUUGGAGUAUUUUUCUAUGGGGGGAGGGGCUAGUACUGCAGGUGCGUCAUCUGUAUACACCAAGGUAUCCAGUUUCAACAAUUGAUUCGAGCAGAAAAUCAUCAUAA